GUCGUCAGAUGCGAAUAGCUUAACAGCAGCCGCUGUUCCGUGUGUCACACUUGGUCACACUGUCCUCCGUUUUGGUAGUGUAGGAAGCGAAUUUCUUCAAUUUGUCUGUGACAUGGGCUUUUUUUUGUAGGCAAGUGUUGGUCUGGUGCGUCGGGUAAAAUUAGACAAUUAUCGGUAGGGUAAUCAGUGUUGAGUUGAAAAAGAAGUUUCGAGAAGUAAACGUGAUCCAAUUCUUGUAACAAACAUAACGGUAUUACAUCGAGAGAUAGCAGCUUUUAGUCCAGGGAGAACGAGAUAUACGCAGCAGAAGGAAGACAACGGAUGCUUCUCGUCCUCGUUUCCGCGUUAAUAACUGCACGUCAAGGACCGUAGCGAGUUGCGUGGUUUUUUUUUUUUUAAUUUUAUUUUCUUACUUUUUUCUCCUAAACCUAUUGUGCUCUACUCCGGCUGUGGUGUUUGUGCGCGUAUCUUUUCCUUGCCUCUCGAAUUAUUCUUCUCGGAGAAACCUGCCGCCUGCGUAGUGUGCCGAGGAGCACUAAAGAUUCGCUGGGUGGCUCGAACCCGUCGUAGCACAUUACUCGUUGAGGAGAAGUGACCAGCCCAUUCGUAAGGGAUGUCCACCCCUGCCAGAAGGAGACUCAUGAGGGACUUCAAAAGGUUACAAGAAGACCCACCAACCGGAGUAUCUGGCGCACCAACAGAUAAUAAUAUCAUGAUUUGGAAUGCAGUUAUUUUUGGACCACAUGACACUCCAUUUGAAGAUGGGACGUUUAAACUAACCAUAGAGUUCACUGAGGAGUAUCCUAAUAAACCACCGACUGUGAGAUUUGUCAGUAAGAUGUUCCACCCUAAUGUAUAUGCUGAUGGAGGAAUCUGUCUCGAUAUAUUGCAAAAUCGCUGGAGCCCAACGUAUGACGUAUCUGCCAUUCUGACAUCAAUACAGUCGCUGUUAAGUGAUCCAAAUCCGAACUCUCCUGCUAACUCGAUGGCAGCGCAACUUUACAAAGAAAACCGACGUGAGUACGAGAAACGAGUUAAGGCUUGCGUGGAGCAGAGUUUUGUGGAUUAGUGGCAACUGUUGUCACUAUCGAUGUAUCAAUCAGCCGAUGGUCUUCAAAUACGGGGGAAGAAUUUACAGCCACUGAGGGCCUUACCAUCAAGCUAACACCUAGGAUUUAGCACGUCACACCCUGCAACAAGAAAAAGAAUAAACAACCUCCUUACAACAAAUGCAAUGUGCAACAUUAGAGCGAAUUUUUACAAUGUUGUAUAAUAAAUUAUUAUUAAAUUGUGUAUUUAUUUAUUCAAUAUUUGGAACACGAAAUUAGAAAUAUUUAAUAUUAGGAAAUAAUUAUUGCAUAGCUUUGUUGUUUCUGUGCUAGAAACAAUUCUUCACUCUAAACCAGGCACAGAGUUGUACUUCUAUUUAAUUUUAGUACUUCAUAUAUUACCGAAAUUCAUCUAUAUAUACAUACAUAUAAUAAAAUGCAUAAUUUCAAAUUA